AAACAGUGCUGUUUCAUUCUAUUAAUUAGCCCUCUGCAGACGGCACUUUAAAUGUCGGUGCGAACGCAGGUUGGACCCGAGUGGAGAGUGGAUCCGUUGAGCACCAAACAUUGUUCCCCAUUGGCCCAAUCGCCUCUUGGCCUCUUCAAGCCUGCCGCAGUUCCAACCAAAUGACGGGAUCCUUCCCAAUCCAGUGUCUGUCGCUUUUGCUCACUGCCACUGACUGCCUCGUCUCAGCUUCCUUUUGCAGUGUCUUGAGUCUGUGUUUUCCCCUCUCCUCCGUUUUCCACUGCAUCAUCUCACAAUUUUCCACUCCCAGCAUCCACCUGCUUCGUCUGUACCCGGGCCGCGCGGGGACUCCCACAUUCAAGCACUUCACUGCACAUCAACGAGAAGGCGUCAAAGGUACCUUGCACUCUGCACUCUGCGACUUGAAAAUCAUCCAAACCCGACAGGCAAAAGUGUCAUCGAUCCUUUGGCAUCAUCAGCGACCUAGCAAUCCACUAUCGUAUUCACGAGUCUUUGGAUCUGCGCAUUUUGACCGGAACCUAGGGGCUCGUUCUCGCACAUACAGUAGCACGAACCCGGACGACGGACUUUACACUGGCCGGGCAACCUGGAACACUCGGGAUACAGUGACCCCAGCACCCAGAGCGUCGUCAACCCCCGUUUUUUGUCUCGACCUGGGCAUCCCGGGCCCCAUCUCGCAAGAUUAACCAAAGGUAGUGUACUGCCUGCCUGCCUGCCUGCCUUCACCUUUACCUUACCUUUAGCUUCCCGCCCAUCAAUCAUUCCGACACCAACCAAACAACAACCCAUCUCGCCCUUCAAUCACUUUCCGUGUCUGUUUUCUUUGUCGUCGACCCUUCGAAACCGUUUACCAACGACGCGCGUGUACGCCAACCGACUGUCGGAUUCGGCGACUGCCAGCUAAAGAGAGAACUGCCAACCAGAGAGGCGACCGGUAACGAUUCACGAUUCGCACCGCAUCCACUCAAGACGUCACAACCAAACCCAACCACCCGUGGUCCCUGCGGUGUCGACCUGGAGAGCUUCCCAUCAAAUCAAGUCGCCAAAGUCACCAUCCAACACCGCCCAUCAAUUGCGACAGUCGACCAAGUCAUCUUGAACCCGCAUUAUUCUCGUCGCCCAU